UAAUUGAUACUUUGUACUAUUUGAUCAUAGUAUCAAAAUCUAUUUAGUAUUUUAUGAAAAAAUUAGAAAAAUUGCAGAAUGCAUUGGCAAAUUUAUUUUGGAUUGUUUUUUUGUGUUGUUUAUUCGUCAUGUAAUCCAGUGUUUAUUACAUCAUAUCAAAACGCAAUUAGAAUUAUUGAAAAUAAUCAAAGAAUGAUACAUAAACGAAGAAUGGAGCAAGAAAAAAUUAGAAAAAUUGAAAGGGUUAGAGAACAGUUAUUGAUGACAAAAUAUGAAACUUCUAAUAUUCAAGAAAUAAAUAACCUUGAGUUAUACGAGAUACCUAUUGAUAUAAAGUCAAUGAUUAAGCAAAUUUUCCCAGACUCAACAAUGAUUUAUUCCAUAGAAUAUGUCUUAAAUAUUUUGGGAAAAGUUCAAGACAAGAACACAACAGAAAUAAUAAGAAAAUUAAAAAAAUUCAAUGAAAAUGAAUAUGUUAGCCUUAGAAAUUUUUUACAAAUAAUGAUGGAUGAAUAUUUUGAAAUACCAGAACAACUGGUGGAUAUAUUUAACGACUUCCAUUGUGGAUUUCAAUUAAGAGAUACGUUAAAAACUGGAUUUAUCUCAAUAAAUCAUUUUUCAAGUGUUAUAAAAGAUGUUCUCAAAAAUAAUGAUAUUAUAGAAGAUAUAUUAAAACCUUUUGAUAGUGUAAAAUAUGUGGAUUAUGAAGCAUGGUUAUUAAGAAAAAGAGAAAGUUUAUAUAAUAUGAGAUAUAGUGCACACAUUAUGCUUAUGAAAGCUUUUUAUUUGAUAGUUAUGUUAAAUAAUAAAUAAUUAUUAUUUAAAAUUAGUUUUUAUAUUUAUUUACAUAA